CGGAGCCGUCAGCUGUACCCACACAAACCGGGUGGAUAGUGUACAGUUAUACAAUCGUAAAAAAAAGCAGAGUUGAGGACAGUUUUUACUCAAUUAUAGGAUUAGAGGAGAGUUGAGGACGGAUGCAGCGGUGAUAUCCACUCCUAGCGGUGCUGUUUAGCAUCAGCUAGCCGCUUAGCUGGUUGUAAAAUACGCUCAACUGGCCCCAACACGACCAGACAAAGGAAAGAAGAGAUUAAAAAAUACCUAAAAGUUUAAAGUAAAUUUGGUUUUAUUAAUAGGAACCCCGGUAUCUUAACAAACAAGGUAGCAGUUAUUUUAUUGAGACUAGUUAGCUAACUUAGCUAGCGUUAUUGUUCGGUUGUAGAUCUGUAGUUAAAAUUCUGGAUUUGAGUAGCUUUAGCUAACAUAGCUAGAAAUAAAACAAAACAAUGAGCACCGAAGCAGAGACAGCAGCUCCCACUAAAGCCACUCCGGAGGAUGAUGGCAUGACAUGGUGGUACCGAUGGCUCUGCAAAAUAGCUGGGGUUUUGGGAGGAGUGUCCUGUGCUGUUGCAGGAGUGUGGAACUGUGUCACCGUGAACCCUUUAAACAUUGCUGCCGGAGUGUGGAUGGUGUUGAAUGCCUUUGUGCUGUUCCUAUGCGAAGUCCCAUUCUGUUGCCAGUUCAUAGAGUUUGCUAAUGCAGUAGCAGCCCGUGCAGACAAAUUCAAACCUUGGCAAAAAGCCUUCUUCUACUGCGGGAUGGCUCUGUUCCCGAUAUUCUUGAGUUUCUCCUUUACAACCUUGUUUGGAAAUGCCAUCGCUUUUGCGACAGGAGUUCUGUACGGCCUUGCGUCUUUAGGCAAAAAGGGAGACGCAGUGACUUAUGCCAGACUGCAGCAUCAGAAACAGGGGGAUGAAGAGAGGAUGGCAGGAACGGCAAACGGCGCUCCGGAGUAAGGCAUCUGCCUUUCCACACUCAUCUACCUUUCUUUUCUUCAGUUAUUGUUCAGCCCUCCAUCCAUCCUACCUCUACCUCUGUGCUCCCUUUUCUCUUUCCCAUUUAUAUCACUACAUAAUUAUGGUACAGACUCAAUUUAAGUACUUAAACUGCUGCAUUCUUGUUGUCCUGACCUAAUAGUAUCUAAACACACUGAGGUUUGACUCCAUUAUUUGGUACCUGGCGUGUAAAUGGGAUCUCUUAAUGUGACUUGAUACUCUAGAUUGUAACUUUUGUUUUUAUGGUUUUUAACCUUUUUAUGGGUUUAAUUUAUUAUUUGUUUCCCUUUUGUGGUUUGUUGCUGCUGUCAGUUGUAAACCCUGUUUCUGCAGGAAAAAUGUGAGGUACAUCUUUUUAGCCCAAGAGCCUUUCAGGAAAUCCGAACAGAAAUUAAUGUGAUUGUAAAAUGUACAUAAUUGACUUCAGGUUAUUAACUAUGACUUUGAGGCUGUGAUUCAGAGUUGAGUGGGUAAAGAUAAGUCACUUGAAAACAUGGUGUUCAGCACAACCAAAUACUGAUAUCAGUUCUUUUGGGGCAAGUUUUAGGCAGUGGGGUUUCCAAAGCAUGUUUUGUGAAUCCUGCAAUUAAUUCAAAGAACCCACUUUAAGCAGUGAAUAUAGAUGGUAAGCUACAUCAAGUUAACAGUGAACGCCAAGUGCUACAAAACCUCUAUUACCAUGGAAAAUUGGGGGGGUCUCAUUUAAUUUUAAUGUCUUUACUGAAUAAAUCUUAAAACGUUUGACUGUUGUACAGUGCUUUAUGAAGCCAGAGAGCCAAUCUAACAUGGAAAUAAUGGAAGGUGUGUAGGCACUCCUGCCUGCAUCACCACUCUUUUUCUCUUGGCCUUUGCAUAUCUGUCAUUUGGGCAACUUCUCAAUAGGAGCUCAAGGCCAUUUGCUGUCUUUGUAUUCCUUAUGAUCAUUUUUAUUAUUGACACAUUCUAUAAAAUGGCAGAUCUCUUCGCAAGACCUCUCUUCAAAACAAGCAUCCAUUUAAUCAUCUUCUUAUUGGCAAAGUAGCUAGAGGUGAAUAGUCCACCAACUAUUGUGGAGUGUGGAAUAAGGGAUCGACUGGAGCAUGUGCAGUUGGCAAGCUUGCAAUGUGUGUAGAGCAAGUGGUCACAAAUUAUGGGCUGCACAUGGAGGUCCACAUAGGGGUCUAUGCAGACCCUAGAGUACACAGGGACGCAGAAAGUAGAAGCAGAAAAAAGUCUUUUCUUAAGGUUUUCCCUGUAUUUGGGUCCCAAAAUGUACCUUUAUUCAACUACUUGUAAAAGAAGAAAAAGAGUAGUGGUUUUGGAAUUACAGUAUUACAUCCACUGCGCAGACAGAACUCUGAAUCGCAGCCUGAAUGCAUCUUUAAACAUACACAGGCAUUAGGGAUUUUUUAAACAUUGGAGAAUGUAUCUGGUACACCCAAAGAUAAAGACAGUUUAUGCUCUUUUUUCAGUUGGUUUAAGCUCAGCUGAGGCAGGCAUUAAAUAAACUGUUGG